AGCAACGACAACAACAGAAGAAUAGAUCGUCGGAUCGUUGCGCUCUAGAAGUUGAAAACAAACUCUUUCUGUUUUCUCCACAUUUACUUUGACUAAUCCACUUGUUUUUUUUCCCCGUGUCUUCUUCGCUUUUAUUGUUUUCACGAAGAAUCAGGACGCGAAGGAAACACUUGAGAAAAAACGAGGCGUUCACAACGAGGAGGAGCGAGUGUCAACUUGUGCGUGGCACACAGCGAACGUGUUGACCUCCUUGGCCCACCGCCACCUCAGUCUUUUGUUGUCGCGUUUGGUAUUAUUAUUUUUAUUUUGUUAUCUCGUCUUUUGUGAACGCUUUUUGUCCCGCUUUUCUCGCACCCUUUCCUUUCCUUUCCUUUUCUUUUUGGGCAUGAGAGCGAGGCGGAUGAGGCUAAUUUGCAUUUAAUACGUUUCUGUUGUACGCUCCACAUCUCAUUCAUCUCCGCUGCUUUCCCUCUCUGAUGAUUAUCCGUAAUUAUCUUUCUUUUUUUUGCCUCUCACUCUUCCUUUUCUCUGUUACUUACCAUCGCAGUCCGACUGUGAGCCGUUUAAAACGUUGGUCUUCCCGUGAGAAGAGGGCCAAACCAGCUCUUUGUUUUUCAUUUUACUUUGCUCUCUGGUCCUUCUCAUCAAAAAAAAAAUUAAGAAUAAUAACAAAAAAAAAACGAUACCAUAACGAAAGUAUCUGUCAGCGACGUGCAGAGCUCACUCGUAUUUUUGUGAUUGUUUUAUGAUUAUUAUUAUUCAGUUUCUUAUUUUUUUUGCUCUUUCUCCUUCUUUUGUUUUCCUCCGGUUGGAGCAGGCGUGAGAAGGCUCUCCACCGCGUCGUGACCGACAUUUGGUUCGACGGAGCUAUUUUUUCUGUGUUCUUCUUUCUGUAUGUGUGGUUGCUUGCUUGCUUGCUACUCUUCUUGUUCUUCUUUGCUUUGUCAUAUAUAUAUAUAUAUAUUACUGUACAGUUUCUCUGCGCUGCUUUUUCUUACUGAGCUGUGUAUGCGGCCCUUCUUGUUUCACUCUCUUGUUGUUGUUUGCUUGUUUCCCUGGUUCUAGUAUAAGUAUUCUUAAUACUCGUAUCUCUAUUCUAGUAGUAUUAGCUACCGUUAUUGCUCUCCUCGGUCCCGUGAAAGUACGCUCACCACUUCUGCGUUCCAUCUCUUUUUUUCACGCGUUGCUUUUGUUGCUGGCUCAGCCUUUGUCACUCCGUAUUCACCGGUGUAUCGUUGAAGGUGUACGCAGGAUCGUGUGUCUGUGCUCUGCCGCUCACAGUUCUCUCCCUCUUCCCAUCUCCCUCCCCCUCCCUCCAGAAGAAAAAGAAAUAACUGUGAAAGGGAGAGCAUUUGGAUCACCAGUACAAAGGAGAAGCGGCGCGUAAAAACGUUUUAAGGAAACCCGACUGUCGUGUCACCUUUUUUGUUCGAUUUUAGUUUCAUUUGCUAAACUGACCAACUAGCGGACGUCUUCGUUCUGAAUCGACAGCAUUAGCCCAAGUAUUAUUGUUAUUACUCGUUUUGUGAUUCUGUUCUAAGUAUAUAUAGAUAGUUUUGCUUGCUGUUAGCGCCCUUCAUUUGUUUUCUUUUUUGCGACGCCAGUUGUUUCGUGAGAGCAAUCGGGCUCAACAACAAAAAGUGUCUAUUUUUGCUCCUCACGUUGGCAUCUUGCACCUCCCUCCCCCCCCCCCUUUCGCGGCAACAUUAUUGAUAAUUUUUAUUGUUCUCUUCUUUUUCUGCUUCAUAGUAUCAGGUUAAACCUUUUUAAAAACUCUCUUGUCUUAUCUCGUCGAGCAGUCAAGUCAUCGAGAGCUCACGUCUUUAGGCUGUUACGCAGCAGGUACUUCUCUGAUUGCUGUUGACGACGUUAUUUCCCCCUUUCUCGCUUGUUCUUUUUCUCUUCCGGGAAAUGAGUGCAUCCAACGCAACACCCCUCAAGACGUUUGGCGUGGAGUCGCUCACCCUGUGGAACGAUGUCACCAACAACCUAACAGAGUUUAUCCUUGCAAAUUGGUGGGUGCUCGUGGUGGUGGUGCUGCUCUUGCUUUCCUGCGUGAAGCACUCGCUGAUGUGUUGGGAACUCCGGCAAGAUAGGCGGCGACUGCAGUGCUGCUACAUGCGUCACUGCGCUCUCCUGCACGCCGCCAACCAGCUCACGCACCAUCCGCAUCAUCCGCAUCAUCAAGGUGCGGCGACAGAUGUCGCAAAGGGAAAAGAGGCCGAUAAAGCAGAUGCCGACGCGUGUACGUGCAACGACGCGGCAGCUGCCACGCCCAACGCGUCGACCACCACCCUCACCACCACUGCUGAGGCUGGAAGUGCGACUGCACCGCACGAUCCACCGAAGACUCCCAGCACGAAUGCACAAGCUGCAGAGCCAGCGGCGGCACAUUCCAGUGAGGCGACCCCUGCUCUUCCGCACCGCAGGCGUCCAAGCGAUCUUCACGCCCCAAAGAAGCCGGCAGAGGAAGGCGGCGAGAAGAUGCCCUCCCGCGUGUCGUCGUUGCAGCUUCCGCUCACGUCGACGUCGUCAUCUGACCUGUCCUUCACCUUCACUCCGCUGUCCGCCACCCAUCAGGGGGUAUCCGCAACAUCGCGCCUGCUGAACCGACUGAGCAUUUCUCCAAACUCGACAGAGAUGGUGUCCGGCGCUCUCAGAGAGAGCCCUCCCAACAGCGGUGACUUCACCUCGAAACGCAGCGGCUGCUUCCCGCGAUACACGGAGGAUGAGCAGCGCCGCAUGGACGAGAAGCGGCAGGCCAACGCGCAGGCGUGGAUGGAAGCGAAGCGGGCCCUCGAGUCGACGGAAAAUUUAGCUUCAUGCGGACUGACGCCCACGUCAUCGACAACGCGGCGCAGGAAUGUUCCGGACAGCGGAGGCGCAUCCUAG